CGUUCGCAUCUUUUGUAUGUCUUCUGGAAGAUGUAAACUUUCUGCUCUGAUAGAAGACGACAUAUAAUUAUUAUUAAUACUUAAUCUUUUGUCGUUUUAUAAUGAUUAUAAUUAUGAGAUCCAACCCUUCAGAAGUUUCAAGAUGUGAAAUUGUGCAGUAAACGGUCACAAGUCCGAGCGCAUGAAUCUAAUCCCGCGCGAGGCCUGAAUGUCAGUCGCGACGUUCAAGGAUGCCGUCCAAAACGCUUCCCAGAUCCUUAUUUUGUCUUCCGGCAGAUCAUCCUGUGCGACGGGCUGCACUAUGGAUUGUCCGCUGGAAGCCAUUCGAUGUGAUGAUCCUGUGUCUUAUUUUGGCGAACUGUAUCGCACUGGCCAUUCAUAGAUCCUAUCCAAACGGAGAUUCCGACAAAACCAAUGAUAUCCUGGACAAACUCGAAUAUUUCUUCAUUGCUGUUUUUACCCUCGAAUGUGCCUUAAAAAUCACCGCAUUCGGCUUCAUCGGCCACCCGGGAGCGUACAUGCGGAACGGGCUAAAUGUUUUGGAUUUUAUCAUCGUUGUAGUGGGAUUAAUCAGUGUGGCCAUUCAUGCCAGUGUGCCCGUGGCUGACCACUCGGCGACGUUCGACGUCAAUGCACUGCGCGCGUUCCGCGUGCUGCGUCCAUUGCGGCUGGUGUCCGGUCUGCCCAGUCUACAAGUGGUUCUUAAUGCCGUACUACAGGCCAUGCUUCCGUUGCUCCACAUUGCCUUGUUGGUACUGUUCAUGAUGCUGACGUACGCCAUCGUGGGAGUGGAAUUAUUUAUGGGCAUUCUGCAUCGCACAUGCUUCACAAAUCGCACAGGGGAAUUCCGUAUUGUAAAAAAUCCGGAAACGUGUGCCACGGACGAGUUUUGUGAUGUCGCCAACGGUGAACAUUGUCUGCCUGGCUGGGAGGGUCCGGAGCACGGGAUAACCAGUUUCGAUAAUAUUGGCUUGGCCAUGCUGACCGUUUUUCAGUGCUUGACCUUGGAGGGAUGGAGCUCGAUUCUCUACGCGGUGGAAAACAUAGUUGGCCAGAAUUGGGCGUGGAUCUACUUCGUGUCCUUGGUGAUACUUGGAUCUUAUUUCCUUCUGAAUUUGAUUCUCGGUGUUCUCAGUGGCAUGUUCUCCAAGGAAAAGCAGAAGGCCGAGAAGAGCGGUGCGCUGAAAAAAUUCAUGAGCGGCCGCAACUUAGACAGUUUUAUGCAGGAUUAUUUACAACGAAUCGCCAGCCGACGCAAUCGACCACACAAUCGCCCGCGACCGAUUAACGAAGACAUUCGGAUGCUACGGCAUGACAUCUUUGUUGUUGGAUGGCGGGAUACGAUGACCUUUUGCCAGAUCCAGAAAGGAUGGCAGCGCGCCAGAAUUUCCUGCUUCCGCCUGAUUAAAUCCAGAUUCUUUUUCUGGCUCAUCAUCGUAUUAGUGUUUCUUAACACGUGUGUUCUGGCUACCGAAUAUUAUGGUCAGCCGCACUGGUUGACUGUAUUUCAAGAUCGCGCAAAUGUCGUGUUUGUGAUACUAUUCCUCGGUGAAUUAUUCAUUAGAAUGUUUGCCCUGGGAACCAAGCACUAUUUUGCAUCUUUCCUGAAUCGGUUUGAAUUUGUUAUCAUUGGCUGCAGCGUAAUAGAAUGCGUCUUGAAUCAGCUGGAACUACUUCCAGAGCUGGGACUGUCAGUCUUGCGAGCAGCGCGUCUUGUUCGGAUAUUCCAGAUCACCCAGCACUGGUCCAGCCUACGCAGUGUGACCUUUUCCAUUGUGAACUCCUUGAAAUCGAUUAUUAGUUUGCUGUUCCUGCUCUUCUUAUUCCUUUUUGUUUUUGCCAUUUUGGGUAUGCAGCUUUUUGGUGGAAAAUUCAUUCGCUGGAGCGAAGACGAUGAUUUCCGGCCGAGUUUCGACAGUUUCUGGCAGGCAGGAUUGUCGGUUUUUCAGAUGUUGACCGGAGAAGAUUGGCACAAGGUUAUGUUCCGGGGAAUCCAGGCUUAUAACGGCAUCCACUCUGUCGGCGCUGUUAUGUCCCUUUACUUCGUCGCAGUCAUCGUUGGCGGAAGAUAUAUUCUGUUGAAUGUGUUUUUGGCCAUUGCUGUGGAUAACAUGAGCGAAGCCACCAACCUAUCGGUCGAGGACAUUCCUGGAGAAAUUACUGAAAUCAAAGAAACUAAUAUACACUACGCAGUUGAUGAUCCACCAGAAAAUGUCGAGGAAGUACAGAUUUUGCUCACUGAGCGCGAGCAGCCGAGUGAACAGCUGGUCGUCAGAGAUCGACAAUGUUGGUCCAGUCCGUGCAGGUCUACGCGCAUUAUGGUCAAGGAAGCUCAGCCGGUUCAUAUGAGAUCGGCAGACGUUAUUCAUAUCCAAAGUUCUGGAAAUUUGCCAGCUUUACCCGUUCCGCCUGUUGAUUACAUGAAGAAAGCACAAUCGGAGGAAACUGUAGAGGAAGAACAGGAAAUGCUGAAAAAACAGGAGCAUCAGUCCGUUUUCGCGUCUGAUCCCUUACCAUUGCACCGCAGUUUAUUCCUCUUUGGAUCAAAACAUCCGUUGCGCAAAUGGUGUUACCUGAUUGCUACCGAUCGGGUUUGCCGAUCUUUUAUUCUGGUGUGUAUUAUACUGAGCAGUGCGUUGUUGGCAGCUGUGGAUCCUGUGUCGGCAACACCAACGGAAUUCGAGCUGGUGAUAAGUUAUCUCGAUUACUUUUUCACGGGCUUGUUCACGAUAGAACUAGGAAUGAAGAUUGUGGCGUACGGAUUUAUUCUCCAUCCAGGAUCGUUUUGUAGAAGCUGGUUUAAUAUUCUGGAUUUAUUGGUCGUGAUCUUGUCGUUGGUGUCUUAUGCAUUCGAUGAUUCGGAAUUUUCGUCCAUAAAGACACUGCGUGUUUUCCGAGUUUUCCGGCCGUUGAUAGCUGUAAAUCGUGCGGAAGGUUUAAGGCGCAUUAUCCAUUGUGUUACGGUCGCCUUGCGAAGUAUAUGGAACGUCGUGCUGGUUAUCGUGGUGACAAUGAUAAUGUUCGCCAUUAUGGGUGUACAGAUUUUCAAAGGCCGGUUUUAUCGCUGUUCGGAUUUGUCAAAGCACACCGAACACGAAUGCCGUGGGAAUUUUGUGCCCUUUGUCAACGGAUAUCCUGCAGAUGAUGUAGUUGAGCGCGAAUGGAUUGACAACGAAUUCAAUUUUGACAACAUUUUCCAAGCAUUCUUAACCCUUGUAGCUGUCGUUACGACGGAAGGAUGGCCGAAAUUUUCUAGUUACGCAUACGUAGGCGUUGAUUCCAAUGCGGAAGGUCAUGGACCCAUAUUUAAUUAUCGUCCCUACACGGCACUGUACUUCGUCACAUAUCUGUCGGUUGUGGGAUUUUUCAUGAUGAACAUCUUCAUCGGGUUUAUUAUCAUCACAUUUCUGCAAGAAGGUGAACAAGAGUAUGCAGACUGCCAGUUAGAUGAAAAUCAGCGUAGAUGUAUGGAAUUCGCCCUAACAUCCAAACCCAUUCCGAAAUACAUUCCGCAGCGACGUUUGCAGUAUAAGAUUUGGUGGCUGGUGGGAUGUGAGCAUUUUGAAAAUUGUAUCUUCGGAUUGAUUUUCCUCAAUACGAUAGCGAUGUCCGUCCGGUAUGACGGACAGCCGAAAGGUCAGAUUCUAGCCCUGGAAUACCUCAACAUGACGUUCACUGCAGUUUUCGUUCUGGAAUGUGUACUAAAGUUAUUUGCGUUCAACAUCAUUCAUUACUUCAAGGAUGUGUGGAAUGUGUUUGAUUUUGUUGUGGUUUUCAUCAGCAUGUUCGAUAUUGGCUAUUCCCUGUAUACCGGGACUGUUACGGAAGUGAACAUCUUUAGGAUUUUUCGUGUUUUACGUUUGGGAAAGCUUCUUGGAAAAAGCAGGAACACCAGGAUCCUGUUCUGGACAUUUCUAAAAUCCAUGAGAGCGCUCCCUUAUGUGAUUCUUUUGAUUGGAGUUAUCUACUUUAUCUACGCCGUGAUUGGAAUGCACGUGUUUGGAAGAAUUUCCUUGAUUAACAAAGAUAGCUCCAUUGACCGGCAUAACCAUUUCCAAAACUUUCCCCGGGCAUUACUCCUCUUAUUUCGUUCCGCAACUGGCGAAGGCUGGCAGGAUAUUAUGAUGUCGUGUGCGAACCGUCAGGAUGUCUUUUGUGACGCGAGAACCGGUUUACCAGCGGGCAGUUUAUGUGGAUCGGAUUUUUCUUAUGUGUAUUUCACAUCCUUCCAUUUUCUGUGUUCUUUCAUGAUUCUGAAUGUGUUAGUGGCGAUUAUCAUGGAUAAUUUUGAUUAUCUAACCAGGGACUGGUCAGUUGUGGGUCCCCAGCAUUUAGACGAAUUUGUACGGCUAUGGUCGGAAUAUGAUCCAUUAGCAACUGGAUAUAUCAAACAUAUGGAUGUCAUUUCCCUAUUGAGAAGUAUCGACCCUCCGCUGGGCAUUGGACGAUUGUGUCCACGACGUAUAGCGCGAAAGAGACUGUUAGCGAUGAAUAUGCCACUGAAUUCGGAUGGAACUGUACAAUAUAAUGCCACGUUGUUCGCAUUAAUACGUACUGCAUUGCAUAUUUAUACCGAAGGAUCCAUAGAUGAAACCAAUGCCAAAUUACGCGAAGUAGUGCUGCAGAUUUGGAGGAAGACAUCCGAAUACAAGCUGGACACAAUCCUGCCGAAGCCAGGCGCGGAUACGAUGACCGUGGGGACACUAUAUGCAGCGACCAUUAUGCAGGACUACUACAGAAGAUACAGAAAAAGGAAGUGCGCAACUAGCGCAUGUGCUACCGCUGAGUUAGAGGAUGACCGAAGGAAAAUGGAAGGUGUGCUCUCCACAUGGGACCGAAAAGCGGGCGCCUAACGGUGAACUCUCGCAGCUGUGUGAUAGUAAUUACGCCCGGUUUUAUAAACGUUUUAUGAGUUUGUGUUAAUCGAAAACUUCGCAGUUUGCGUCUGUUGUGCAUAGAUUCUAGUUAGUUCUUCGGUUUGGGAAAAGAAAUGCUGCACAAUAUUUUAGUCUGCCAAAGAUAAUUUUUUAAAUUAAACUGAUGACCUUUU